UUAAAUCAAAUCACUUUUUAUGAUAAAUUCAGAAAUUCAAAAUGAACAGUAGUGAAAAUGAAAGUUUAAUCGUACAUAAUCUUCAAAACUGGGUUGAUGUAAAUAGUGUCACUGAUAAAUGCUCCGAAAGUCAAUACAAAUUGAUGAAAGAUAAUAGCCAAAUUAAAAUUUAUUAUAUUGGUGAACAUGAUGAACGAAAUUAUUUUCACAUGCAAGAAGCCGAAGAAUUAUAUUAUGUAUUUAAGGGAGAAUUGGUCUUAAGGUGUUUAGAUAAAAGUGGAAUUUCAAAGGAUAUUCAUAUUAUGGAAGGAGAGAUAUUUCUGUUGCCAUCUCGGAUAUUGCACUGUGUCAGAAGAUGUCACAAUCUCUCGGCUCUCAUGGUGGAACGGGAACGCUUGCCUAACGAGAUGGAUAAUCUCAGUUGGUACACUAUCGACAAUUCUACCACUUCCGAUCUUAGCCAUAAUCAAACGAUCGAAUCAUUUAAACCCGACGUAACGGAUUCCGAAGUCGGGUACGCAGUUAAAACCGGGUCUACCGGGUACAAACUAACCGGAUCCUCGUCCCAUACCAUCAUCUCCAAAAGCCACGAAAACAUCAUGGACUCUAAACCGGAUCUCGAUGUAACCGGAAAUAGCAAUUCUCAAAAUGUCGACUUUUACUUGCCCGAUAAUGAUUUAGAAUCCGAAAUCUUCGCAAAUGAUACAAAACCGGGUCCUUGUCUCCAUCCUCCCACCAACCUGAUGUCCAUGGUUAUCCCGGAAAACUCCGAAUUCUCGUCCCCAGCCAAUUCCAGAAUAAUCCCCUUCUCCAUUUCCGGUCAGCCCUUCGUUCCACUGACGGCCCUCAAAAAACGAUCCCCUUCCAUCAUAAGCAACGCCGAAAAUUAUCACUGCACUCCCGGCCCUAAAAUGAAACCGUUAGCCCAGACCUGGUUCCACUGCUUCAACAAUUUCAGGGACCUAAAUCACGCGCUACAGGUUCUGAAAGGCAGGGGGGCUAUCAAGAAAAUUGGCGAAUCUGGAGAACCACACGAUACCGCUCAUAUGACUGACGAAAGUUCAAGGCAUGACGGAUCUACAGGUUACCCGCCCUGCGAUGAUCUAGAAGAUUUCAUCCACCCACCAGUGGCGUUGGAUCUUUGGGUAGAUAGGCACAAGAACGAAAUAAACGAAAGAGGCUGUCUUUCCUUGUUCGACGAGGACGAUUACCAAGUCAAGGUGUUGGUGUACGGGGUAGGAGAGCACAUAGGCAGGAACAACGCAGCGGAUAUCUUCGUGUGGCAAUACAUGGGUUCCUGUGACUUUACCUACAACGACGAUAAUCAAAAGCACGCACUCAAGAAAAAGGAUGUUCUUAUCGUUCCUCGAGGCACUAGUUAUACCGCUAUUAAUCAACCUAACGCGUUGACGUUGCACAUUGUCAUCGAUCCUCGAAAAAAAUCUUGAAAAAUUAUUCUUCCAACAUUUGAAAAAACGAAAUUUGUAAUUUAGCCAUUUCUUUAUUUAUCCAUUGGUUAUAUUAUUUUAUGUACGAUAUUUAUUAAAAAAUUAUUUAUAUGAUUUAUUCGUGUUAUAAAAAAAUAAA